GCAACCAGAAAUCGUUCGCUUGCCCCAUUCAGAAUGUCAUGGCUGUUCGAGUCGCAACACGUCCUCCUGCCGUCCGUUUACUUGAGAUGGAGUCUGACGAGCGGUGAAAGAGUGGGCCUGGUCGGUGGCCGGGUGAAGGAAGCGUUGAGAAUAGCGAGGCAAAUGACGACGGGCAGAAAGAAGGUUCUACCCUAUUACUGGUACAAGUAUCAGGAUCGAAGGGACACGGAUUUGACCAGGGCUGACCUCGAGGCAACCUUACGAAAGAUCACGGAUCUCGGCGCCGAUGGCUUUAUCAUUUGGGGAAGUUCCGACGAUAUAAACACGAGAGAGAAGUGCCUGCAAUUCAGGGAAUACCUCAACACCGAUUUGGGCCCCGUCGUUAAACGAAUCGCCGUAUCGAACGACGCCGUGAAAAGUCGAAUCGACCGAGUGAGCGUUGACCAAGUGUGACCGAGUCACCCCCGAAAGAGAGCUGGGUG